AUGGGAAGUAUGGUGGGUGCUAGUGAGGAUUUCAAGCGAAUGGCCGCUUAUGGCCCUCCCGAUAACCAACUCACCGACUACGCUUUGUAUAACAUGAUUUUGGUCAAUGCGAUUGUCAACAUUGUCGAGGAUCCAGAGAUAAGAAUCCACUUGCGAAACCAAAUGAAUGUAUCAGGCCUCGAACGAGUGAUGGAAAAAAUGAACGAGCUAUGUGACGAACAUGUCGAUCGCCAAGUGCGUGAAUUCAAGACAUUGGCCGAAAACGAUCAAGACGAAAUCAUGGAACUGUACCACGAACACGUUCUCAGUGACCAAAACGACCCGCGUGAUGUGUUUGAAUGUAUCCUUUCCAGUGUGGAAGGUACCCGAGGCUAUGAUUUCUUCUUGAGCUGUCUGCAGCAUUUGUUGCUGGUCAACAAUGAAGAAUCCGGCUUGAAAUCAAGGUACUACCAAAUCAUUGAUAAUCUCGUGGCUCAGGUCGUCUUGGAUCAUAAAGGGUUGGCAGAUGAUUUCUCCGCAGAUUAUACGACGACCGUACAACACUUGAUUAAUAAAUUUGCAGAUCAAGAUCAACUUAAAACCACUCUCCAAGAUAUCAAAUCCUUGCAACAAAACUAUGAUGAAAUCGUACAAGAGCGUGAUUUACUACGCCAACAAUUAAUGUCUCGACACACGAUCUCAACGCUCCAACGUAAACUCACCGAUCUACAAAACGAAUACGAAUCCAGUUUACAAAAGGCCGAACGCCAAUUAGACGAAUUCUAUAAACUGAUUGGCGACGAUGAAUCCAACCUAGAAGGGGACAUUGUGAUCCCACGUAAAGAUCUCGUCACCACAUUUGCCAGAAUACGUGCUCAAGAAUCCUUGGAAGGCCGCAAAAAGGAAUUCAAAUCCACCACAGAAGCAUCUGCACAACCACAACAUGACCUCGAGAAAUUAUCCAGCCUAGAAUCCGAUAAAAGCAAGUACAAAUCCAUGGCCCUUGGUCUCACGGAAGAAUUCAAGAGUCAAUUGGCUCGUCAAUUCGGUUCUAGUAGUGGCCUCAAUGAUUUCGUAUUACCCGGUACCAUGCCUUUAAUGGGUUCCUCCGUAAGACGUUCCAAUAAUCGUCGUAGACAUGUUCAUGCUGAAUUCUCGCCCACUGUUCCCCUCGAUCAGGAAGUUGUAACCCAACCGAUACCCAUCCCUUCCACUCAACAUUUACCUGGUAAUGCACCUCCUCCUCCUCCUCCACCACCUCCUCCUGCAUCUGGUGCAUACAUGCCUCAUGGAUCUACUGCUCCUCCACCACCACCGCCACCACCUCCACCACCACCACCAGGUACAGCAGGCAUUCCUCCUCCUCCUCCCCCACCUCCCCCACCAGGCACAGCGGGUAUUCCUCCCCCUCCUCCACCACCACCAGGUACAACGGGUAUUCCUACUCCACCACCCGCUCCCCCAGGGGCAGCAACAGCAGGAGGACCCUGUGCUCCACCUCCACCACCUCCUCCCGGCGCCCCACCCGCUGAUGGCCUCAACGUAGCCACACUUCGCAAGCAACUGCGCCACCGCCCUGUUAUGCGAACGCGCCAACUGCAAUGGCAGAAGCUCUCGGUAAACGCAUUAGGUUCUACGGUAUGGCGCAACAUGACGACGGAAGAAAUGGACGAAGCGUUAGAGGAUAUGCUUGAAGCGGAAGGUAUUUUCCAACGUAUGGAGGAGGCGUUUGCUCAACGUGUGAUUGAGAAGGCAAAACCUGUAACGAAGGAGAAACGAGCCGAGAUCUGUAUCAUUGAUUCACGCAAGGCGUAUAAUAUCAGUAUUGCGGUGCUGGCCAAAUGCAAAAAUCUAACGUUUGCCGAAUUUAAGCAUAAGAUCUUGAUGGUGGAUGAAAAGUUCUGUACUGAGGUGCUCCUACGUAACUUGAUACUGAAUGCACCCUCUCAUGAUGAAAUGGGAAAAUUGUCCGUGUUUUUAAAAUCGGCUUCUGAAGAGGAUUUAGCCAGUCUUUCCAAACCCGAUCAAUUCUGUGCCGAGAUCAUGUCCAUUGAUAGAUUUAAAGAACGUAUUGGUAAUAUGCUAUUCGUAUCCACUUUCCAUGAACGUGUGACUCAAUUAGGCCGAAAUAUGACCAAUGUCAUGGACGCUUCCACCAGUAUUAAGGAUUCAGAGCCUUUCAAGGAACUCUUGAACCUUAUUCUGAUGGUGGGUAAUUUCUUAAACGGUUCGAAUUUUCAAGGUGGCGCUUUCGGUAUUCGUAUCAGCAGUAUCAAUAAAUUAGUUGAUACCCGUGCAUCCAGUAACGAUACCACUUUGCUUCACUUUUUAUGUACCAUGGUGGAAGAAAAGUUCCCGUCUAUUAGUGAGAACCUUGUGAAUGAUUUAGAAGUUUGUCGCGAGGCUUGUCGAGAUCUGAUCAGGGAUUACAAUGAAUUACGUGUAGGACUUCAAACGUUGAUUCAUGAACUGGAUUACCAUUAUGGCGCGGAUUACGAACCCCCACGCGGUGAUAAUUACGCAGACACCAUGUAUAAAUUCCGGGAUCGGGCUAUUGAAAAAUUUGACCAGAUCGAGGUGCGUUAUACGUCCAUGGAUGUUGCAUACAAGGACGUUGUCUCUUACUUUGGCGAGGAUCCAGCCGACAUGAAACCGGAUGAAUUCUUUGGGAUCUUCCAGACCUUUAAUUCCAGUUGGACCAAGGCUAAAAGCGAUAUUGAAGCGCAAAGGAAAAAAGCGGAACAGGCUGAAAAGGCCAAGGAAUUCCAGGAGCAGCGAAAAGCACGAUUGCAGGCGCGUUUGGAUAUGAAUGAAGGAGCCGCAGAAAAUAACGACGAAAAGGAUAUUGUGGAUAAUUUAUUGGAGAAAUUACGUCUGGGUGAAAUGAGUUCGGCCUCUUCUUCUUCGUAUAGAAAGAGUCGUAGAAUAUCACAUAGAGAACGUAGAAAAACAAGAGCAGAAUCCAUGGUGGUCAAAGCUGAAGAUCUACUAAGACACAUUCAAAAUGAAGAAGACGCUCCACCCGUACCAAGAGCCAGAAGUGGUUCUAAAAGAUUCACAAGUUCGGAAAGAAUGAAAAGGCUGGCUUCCUUGGCUGAUAAGGGAGAAAUCAUUAAUUCAUCAUAA